CAGAAUGGUCUCACCCAGAAGCAGAGCAGCAGCAGCCCCAGAAGGAGGAGAAGACUGCUCCACGUGGGAAAGAAAGGAGGAAGCCUAGGCCUAUGGCAGCAGCUAUGGGGCGCCCAAGAGGGCCGCCCCGCUUCCAGUGCCCCCCGGACUUCUGUGCCAGCCGCUUUGCUCCUGGGCCCCCCUUCUCCCUCCGGACGCUCCAGGACCCUUCCAAGUGUCUCCUUCUGAUCAGAGCCCCUGCUGACUUCAGUCCAGAAAGCUUCGAGGGACACAUCAUGCCCCUUUCAGGCUCUCAGACCCUCAAAGUGCCACAGACAGAUGGGACACAGAAAGUCUACAGCGUCCAGGCGACUCCAGAGGCCUCAGAUACCUGUGCCCGCCUUCUAGUCCCAUCAGGCCACCAGGAUCAGCUCACUUGCGCGCCACCUUUCAGUGGGUCCCUGAGCAUCUGGGAGAGAUUUGGGGAUGCCAGUGCCAACCCAGCCCUCUUCCCGGUGGCGGACAGACAAACCCCGCAGAUCCCAGAGGGCCUCAAGCAGCGCUUCGUGCCUUUUGGGGGCCAGCUGAAGAGACCCGCUCUGGGAGAAGCUGCAGAGGAGCCCCCGCAGAAGAAAAGGAAGAAGAAGAAGAAACGCAAGCUGAAGAUGGUGGGAUACAUGGGAGACCCUGAAGAAGAAACGGAUCUGGUGGACAGAGUCCCAGAGACGCCUCCGGAAGAAUCCAUGACAGCUGUGGACCACUGGGAAGGAGAAGAAAGCUAUCACCAGCUGAAAAACAGGAUGGAAGAGAACGGAGAGGCUUUGUGUGAGCAGGAAUCUCAGCCAAGCAGCAGCUUGCUCUUUUCUUCUCAGGAAAGUCUCUUCUUAGAACAGGGGCCCAGCGAAAAGAAGAAGAAGAAGAAAAAGAAGCUGAAGGAGGAGGUUUUGGAGAGCGAAGAGCUACUGGGAGGGCUUGGCUCUCUCACUCAGACCUCCGAACCUGAGCCUGGGUUGCAGUCGGAGUUUGAUACUCCUGAGAGAGAAAUCAGCAGCACAGGGGUGGAGGAGCUGGUUCGGCACAAGCACAAGAAGAACAAGAAGAAGCGUGAAGAGGAGGCCACCAUCGAGGAGGCUCCGCUGUCAAUAGACCUUUUCCCCAUUAAGGAAGAGGCCAUGAGUGGGGAGAAUGGGAUGGGAAGCCCCACGGUGGGCACCUCUGGCUUAGUGGCAGAAGAGCUGGGCCUCUUGGGCUAUAAGUCCAGGAAGAAGAAGAAGAAGAAGGAGAAAAUGGAGGAGGAGGCACCCUCAGAGCAGGCAGGGGGCACCAUGUUGCUGGAGCCCAUUUCUGUGAAAAAGGAACUGAAGGGCUGCGAUGUGCUGGCAUCCUCCUUUGGGGAAGGCUUGGCGCAAGGGGAGCUGCUGGAACCCAGCAUGGAGACACCAAGCCAGAAGCACAAGAAAAAGAAGAAAAAGGAACACAAGAAGGAAGCAGCAUAGACAGGACUGGAUUUUGUUUGAUGAGGAGCCAAAGGACUCCCAAGUAUUUGUCUUUUGUCUCUGCCCAGGGCAUGGUGGUUUGGGGGAGAGACAUCCUGCUCCUGUCUCAUCCAGAAAAGCUGCCCUCCCCUCAAAAACCUGCAAAAUUUCUCUCUGAGUAGCUAACCAGUGUUGGGUUUGGUUGUGCAUGGUGAGAUGGAGAUGUGUUGGCCCCCAAAUGUGUUUUGCUGGACAUACAGCAGAGUUGUUCCUUUUCCGUAUCCUUAGUUGGGUUCCUUCUGCAACCUCUGAAUUAAAUGAGGAAUCUGGAAUUGCAAAGAUGGAACAAGGAACCCAUGUAUUUUGUUGUUUAAGGUUCUCUCCCCAUAUGAAGAGAACAGAAUAAUAAGUGACUACCUCUCUGUU